AUGAGUGACCCUCAGGAUUAUGUUGUGUACGGCUACACAAUCGGUAAUCAAGUUUUCCAAUUCAAACGUGAUCUAGCAGAGCGGGAUGCUCCUAAAAUUGUUCAAGUAAUACCAGCCAGGACAACUGUCCAAUCGGGACCUUCAACAAUUCGCAUUCUUGAGAAUUUUCAACUCCGCCAGCCGACUGAACAGAGUCAGUCAAUAGUCACUGAACAAACUGAGAAUCUCAUUCCGAUAGUCGUUGAAAAUUUAUUGCCAUCCGUGACGGAUGAUUCCGACAAACUCGGCAACUUGGUUGUUAAAGAAGUCGACAAAAAUGUAUUUGUUACGUCGGAGACUGUUGUCUCAGUUGAGCCAAACAAAAUUGUGGAUAGCGGAGAUACGGAAAGUAAAUUGAAACCAAAGAAAGAAUCGGGGAAGACACGUAAAGUGGUCAAGUCAAAGCCACCGGACACAUUCGUCGAAUCAGCUAAGCAGAGCUUUUUCAAGAUUCCAACUAAAGUGAAAAAAGACUUCAUCUACGAGUGUGACGUCUGUGAUAGUCGCUUUCUAGCAGCUGGGUCUCUUCGACUGCACAAAACCGGUCAUAACUAUGGAACGCCCGAGCCGAAGAAAGCCUAUCCGUGUCGCUUUUGUGGGCGACAAUUCUCGCAUCUUCAGACGCUUGGUGAUCACGAAAAGGUGCACAUAGACGAUCGGUACAAUUGCGGCGCGUGUGGAGCACGGUACAGUUCGAAGAGUGGCCUUCGAAAUCAUCUUAGCAAAAAUGAGGCAUGUAAUGCCAGCUAUCAACGGCAGAAGCGUGCUCGCAAGCAGGAAGAGGAAGAACAGAAGGAGCAUGGUUGUGAGAUUUGUGGGAAAAAGUAUCGCCACCGGAAGUCACUGCUGGAGCACCGUAGUUUGCACUUUAGAAAUAAGCAGUAUCGGUGUGAUCGGUGUGGGGUGAUGUUCGAAACAACCGGAGGUUGGAGGAAGCAUCGUGCUAACCAGCGGUGUGAGUUUAGUAAGAGUAAAUAUAAGGAUCCCGGUGGGGGCGACGGGGUGUUUAUACCGGAGGAACGGAAGGAGUUUGCUAAGCAGAUCAGAAGUAGCGAAGGCAAAUUGAAAAUUAAGUUGGCAAAUAAGCGUAAGGCUAAAAGGAAACGGAAACUUAGCGUCAGUAGUAGAGAAAGUUCCAACGAAAGUGAUAAGGAUACUAGUCAUGGAAAUGGUGACAACGAUAGUGAGAAAGAUGAAUUUUCGGAUUGCCAGAUUGAAAUGGUGACUGUUCCAGAAAUCAAUUUAGAUUGUGCUCAGAGUUCAGAGCCCAACACUGAUCAUUUUAGCGAAAACGUGUUACCUUUGAGUGAUGAAAUCAAAGAAGAAAGUUCAAGUGAUGACGAUAAUGAUAACUUGCCAUUAGUGGCCUUACUGGAAAACCGGGAAGUGGUUGUUGUGAAGGAAAAAACUUCUGUUGAAAACGAGGACGUAUUAGAUAAAGACAGUGAUAAACUAACACUUGUAAGUCAUGACAAAAAUAGUUUAAACAAGAGUACCAAAGAGGACAUUGAAACUGAGUCAACCAAUUCUAAGGGAGAAAAUAUGAAAGACCCUGAUCAAUCAGAAAUCCCACUUGAAGCAUCAGUUGAUGAAAUAAGUCCGAAAAAGUCAACCUCAACAGCGAACGGUCGCAAAACUAAGAUCCACCAGUGCUUGACCUGUGGCAAAACAUUCGCCCGCAGCUUCAUUCUGAAGAACCACCUUCGCAAGCACACGGGCGAACGCCCGUUCCUCUGUGAUAGUUGUCCCAAAUCUUUCGCCGAUAGUGCUUCACUGAAAAUGCACUCCGUGGUGCACACCGGCGAAAAACCUUUUCCCUGUCCGGAAUGCCCGGCACGGUUUGCCCGUAAAAGUGGCCUGCGGAAUCACGUAACCAUGCACUACAAGCUGCCUUGCGAUGACUGUGAUGAAAAGUUCCCUUCGCGGAAAACCCUUAUGCGGCACAAGGUCAAGCAUCAGGGCAUCCGGCCGUUCCUGUGUGAAAUAUGUUCGAAAGAUUUCCGCACCAAAGCGGACAUGAAGGCACACAUGCGAAUCCAUUCGAACGAAAAACGGUAUGCAUGUCAGGUGUGUUCGGCGCGAUUCAAUUGUCCGUCGACGCUGCGAAGGCAUCGGAACGUUCAUGCACCACCCGAAACGCGUCCGGUCUGUGAAAGCUGUGGGAAGUCUUUUUCCUCUCGGCAGGCAUUGCACAAACACGAAAACAUCCAUCGAAAUCUGAAACCGUUCCAGUGUGAUAUCUGUUCCAAGUGCUUCCGUGUGAAGGACCACCUGAAGAUCCAUCAGCGGUCCCAUUCCGGUGAUCGGCCUUUCUCGUGUGAUUUGUGUUCGAAAAGAUUUGCAACGAAUGGCGACCUACGGGUUCACUACCGACGUCACACCGGUGAGAAGCCCUAUACUUGUGAUGAUUGUGGGCUGGGAUUUGUAGUCACCGCCGGUCUCUACAGGCAUCAGCAGCAAACAGGGCACCAAAGUAACAAACCGACGGCCAUCAUUGUGCCAGAGUACACCAGAGCUACACGUAUGGAAGACGUAAACCCGACGGACAUUACGAGUAAUCGUGGAACAAGAGCAACCACCGGAACGAUCCAGACGAUUUCCAUGAAUGACAAUGUUUUAUUGAUUUACCUCUUCGCUUUCCACCCAAACACUUCGGAAGAUGACGUUAGAGCUCUGCCAAAUCAUCGCUUUUUGAAUCCAGAAAGUAUGGUCGAAUGCAUACCGGGACGCACCACAGUUGGCACUAUGGAAACCCUGGAACCCCCCACCACAGUCGCACAGAUGCAGCCAGCGAUCACCAGUCGUUCCGGCCCUGUGUGUGGGAGUGGCGAAAGGGUUUUCCAAACCGCCAUGAAUGGCAACCCUUCGUCCAGCAAACUAGAAGAUCCAAAUUCCGGCCCAUCAGGACCUGAUCAAGCAGCCUCUCAUCCGUGUCAUAAAGCUGAUUACACAGUAAACGCAACUCCAUCGCCAUCCAUCCGACUCCAGCCAAGCUGCAGUUUAUAG